UAUGAUUUUUAUAAUAAACUUGAUUUUAAAGUAAGAUUAUUCAUUAAAUAGAAUUACUUUAGUUGAUACACUCCGAUCAGGCCCGCAUUGCCAUCUCCAUCUGGAAGCAGCGUGCCGUGCGGUCUCGGCACGUGUAGUGCUACACGAUGCCGAGCGUCGCAUUCGGUCAGUAUUCGGGCCAAGCAACGCUUCGGUGUUUGGUCCCGAUGGCGCGCUAUUGGAAAUGGUGUGUGCCCGUGAUUACUACGCACCUCUAGCGAACGGGCACUGUAAACCAUGGGCAGGAGAUGUGGAAAGUGGAACAAACCCAGAAUGUUCCACUGAAAGGAACGUGCAGGAAGCAGUUAUAGAUGAAGGCACGUUCAAGUUGGCUGCUGCUACGCCACUGCCCGAUGACGAGGACAGCAGCUGGGUACGUCUAUUGUAA